UACUACUAUUAUGAGUUGCAGUAUAUCAAACGUCUUUUUACGACAGUUGGCUCAUGAUCAUUGAUCCUGCAGCAGAACUUUCAGAAAAACUGAUUCGGUGAAUAGGAUCGUAGGACCGUAAUUCUUGCGCGGAAUAGAUAUAACUGUAGUGGAUCUACGGAAUAAACUGGUAAAAAUGUCGGAAAAGGUUGUCCGUCGAUUUUACGAAAAAAGCACUGCUGCAGAAGUUCUUGUCAACGAAAAUAUCAAAGGGAAACGGUUUUUAGUAACUGGUGGAACCUCUGGUAUCGGAACGUCUACAGUUGAAGCUUUAGCGGAAGCCGGCGGACAUGUGGUGUUUACCGGGCGAAAUAACGAAGCUGGAAACAAUCUUGUUUGUUCCAUUAUUAAAAAUCACCCAGGAGCCAUUGUGGAAUACAUGCCAGUUGAUUUUUGCUCGUUAAAAGACGUGAAAAGAUUCGCUGAGGAUUUUCUGAAGAAAUACAAACGACUGGAUGUUUUGAUAUUUAAUGCGGGGAUGUUUGGAGGAAGUCAUACGGAAACGGAAGAUGGUUAUGAAAGCGCGGCUCAGGUGAAUGCAAUCAGCCAAGUGUACCUCUUGGAAUUACUGCGACCUUUGCUGAAAGAGUCUGCGCCUACGCGGAUUGUUUUUGUUUCCAGUGAAGCGCACAGAAGUGCCAACAUUAAGCACGGGCAUUUCUCCGCCGCACUGCUUUCGCCGUCAAAGCAGCAUUACAGCUCAUGGCGCCAGUACGCUAAUACAAAACUCUGCCAGAUUUUAAUUUCAAAUUACCUUCAAGAACAGUGGUCCAAAGACGGAAUGACAUUCUAUGCCCUUCAUCCUGGAAACAUGAUUUCCACAGGAAUAGGACGGUCGUGGGCAGGUGCCAAAGUGCUGUUUGCCGUGAUAGGACUUUUCACGAAAAAUCUACAGCAGGGCGCUUCUACGACGGUGUACUGCAGUGCCAGCAGCGACACCAUUAACCAAGGAGGAAAAUAUUUCCGCGAUUGUUGGCUAAAUGAGCCAACUAGCACCGCUCGGGAUUUAGUGUUUGCUGAAGAAGUUUGGAAAACUUGUCAGAAAAUGAUUUCCGAUAAAGUACCCAACUACGUCGCCACAACGGAAUAGCCGGCUUUUUUUAUUCUUCCGAUUAGCUAAGGAAAUACGUUUUGGUAAUUGACUUUCAGAUUUUACAGUAUUUGAUUUUGCAGUUACUUUUAAAAAAUUAUUAACUAGAAUAGAUUUUUAACUUCAUACGACAGUUAGCAGGUUGCUUGGUAUUGCUGUUACAGCUGUUCUUUGAUCGUAAAAGAACCUGAACAAGAAAAAACUAUUGUAAACGUUAUGCUCAAAAUGAUAUGCUGGAAAAGUAGUUCAAAUGUUAUAUUGUUUCGUAUUGUCGAAGGAUUUGGUACAAAGCAGUAAAGGCAAAACAUAAACGGUCACUCCCAGGCU